UUGCAGGCAUCACUCUGCUAUGUGGACAUAGAUAACUCAUGCGUAGAACUACCAGAAGAGCUCCCAAAGUUCCCAAACAAACCAACUCUGAUCCGUGAACUCAACAACCUCAUCCAAAAACACAAGCACAUGCCGGACAACUCUCCAUCACAGACUGCACACACAACCACCACCACGCCCAGUGCAAAGAUGAAUAAAGUCAAUGACUUUGACUGGUCACAAGUCCAAAGAGAAGUCACACUGAUCACAACAAUGAAUCAGAACUUAGAGGAGAGCGUUGAUGGUGAUCAGGAUAGUUCAUACUUCAGUUCACCAAGUCGUGGUGAGAGCCCCACUGCAGGAAUGCCUUCUAAAGCGGAUUUCUUGCGUAACAAUGAGAUAGUAUCUCGUGUUGCAGAGAUUGCUCAGCGUACCGGUGUCAUUACAUCAAUAGCUGACUAUGAGAAUGAGAAUAGCAAUGUGAAUCCAAUGAAUCUAAGCGAAGAAGAGCAGGAGCAUAGAGAGUAUGUAUCAAUGUUGAUAUUGAAUUGUGCAAUACGUGAAGUAUUCCUCAGGAGAUUAGUAGUCUUGUUGAGGAAUUAUGAGACCUUCAUUAUACAGCCAAGAGUAAACAGUCUGGAUGCAUGGUUUACCAACAGAGAUCAGAUGCAAAACUUUGAUAAGAAUGCAUUUCUUGCCGAUACCCCUGAGCUUCACCUACCAUUCAUGUCACCGUUCCUUGAGACCCAACUCUUUGCUUCAUUCAUUGAUAAUAAGAUCAUCUCUAAUUGGGAAGAGAAGGAUCAAGCUCUUAGUAUCUUUGAUGAGAGAGUAGAGCAAUUCCCAUCAAGUUCACCUCAAACACCAACUACAGAGGGCGCUUCAUUUGUCAGUGAAGCAGAGAUGUUAAUUCGUAGGCGCUCCGGCAAUAUUGACCACAACCCAUACCCUCCAAGAGCAUUACCAGUAGACUCAAGUCAUGUACCUCAGUUCUUCCCUAUGCUUCAAGAUGAUGUCCUCUUGAAGCCACCAUUCACCAACGGGAGGAGUAGAUACAGAAACAUUGCUAAGUGGAAACAGAAAGAGAGACAAGAACAGCAUAAAGAACAUCUCGGUCUCCAGCCUCAUGAGAGAGAGAAAUACCUUCAAUCUCUUCAUGCUAAGAAACCGCCAGUGCGACAGGCAGUCCUCACUCACUAUGAUCAGAAGAAAGCAAAUCAGCAAUUUGUUGAAGAAUUGCUCAAAGAAUGCAAGAUCAAGACGAAGAAGAUGCUUGUGUUUAAGAUGGGUCAAGAAGCCAUAGAAUUAGGUCAUGGUGACAUCAAUCGCUCUGGUGUGGAGGAGAAUACACUCAUAGCUAGCCUAUGUGAUCUAUUAGAGAGGAUAUUCAGUCAUGGAUGUAGAUCAAAGAAACAGAGUAAGAGUGCCUUGUGGUGGCAUCUUCUAAGCUAUCGUCGUUUCCGUCAGCGUAAGAAGGCUUCAUCAGAACAGAACCUUGCAUUAGCUGGUGCAGAGAGUUCUCCUAGACAUAGAAGAUCAAGCACUGUACCAGGGCAGCCACUACCGACUUUACCUACUGAUUUCAGCUUUGAUUGGAAGAAUGUUGACCGCAUGACCAAUAUUCGUACUGAGGUUGGUAAAUCAAGAGCUUUUGUUCGUUUGGCACUGGAAAGGAAAGUUCUUCAUAAACACAUCAAAGAGCUGGUCUCAAAUGAUGAACUUCUCAAGAAGCGAUAUCGGGGUGAAGCAUUCUUGAGAUGUGAAGAAGAAAAGAUGCAAUUCCUAUACUACCUCCUGUCACUCAAUGCGGUUGACUUCCAUUGCUUCACAAACUCAUUCCCUUCCACAGUGGUGACGUAUCGGGUGCUGAUCAGCCAGAGUCGUAAGUUUCAGGCGCCAACAACGGCCAAUCCAUGGCUACAGGUGACUGGAGAGAUGCUACAAACACCCGUGAUACACAUACCAAAGAAUGCUCAGGAUUUUACCUUUCAGCAUGCUAACCUUGGUGUCCUAACAACCCUUCAGAUAGGACAUGAUAAUGCAGGUCUCUUACCUCGAUGGUUAGUAGAUUAUAUCUACAUCAGGAAUGAAAUCACUGGACAUGCGUACAAGUUCCCAUGUGGUAGAUGGAUAGGGCGUAGUGUUGAUGAUGGAAGUCUAGAACGUCUUUUGGUGGCAGAGUUCAUCCCUCCGAUCAUCGACUAUGAAGGCGAUCACUUCUGGGGAUCAAAUACCACACCGAGACGGACCCAUGCUAGAAGGUCCAGUGCCAGUGCUAGUAGUUCACCAUCCCCGCCACCUCGAGUUCCUCAUAAGCUAGACCAGAAUGCUAUCCAAGAACUCUUGACUGAUGCUGUCAAUAAUAUCGUCAAGCAUUUCUACAAACCCGAGAAGGAGCGUGGUCAGUUGACAGUGCUACUCUGUGGUGAGUUUGGUCUGGUUAAAUGUAUGGACUUAGUUCUACAGUAUGGUUUCAGAUCAUCUAGACUCUUCAGGAAUAACUUCUUUAUCUGGGAUUUCCUAGAGAAAGUUGCUCGGUAUCUAGACAGCUUAGACCAGGAUGAGGAAGGUCGUUUUAGUUCACGUCAAGAGAAAAGAGCUCGAAGGACAUUCUGUCUAACACUUCAUCAGAUCAAUAGGUAUGCUGAGACUGUUGGCAAAGAUGGAAAGUUACAGCUUCUAGUCUGCCUUGGUAUAAGAGAUCAUCUUCUUCAUCAAUGGUUACCAGUCCUUGCUGAGACACCUGUCACUAAGAACAUGUAUGAUGAAUGUUCAUUCUUCCAUUCUCCUCCUCAUCUAGACUUCCUCUGCAGUCUACUCAUGCAACUAGAUGAAUUCAAUAUCUCACUUGAAGCAUCAGUCACUAAAGGUAUUGAGUUAUGAUACCAAGAUACACACUAGAUUGAGGUCUUAUGAUAUCAAUCUACAAGAUUACAAGAUACAUACUAACUUCAGGUCUUGAGUUGUGAUGCCAUUCUACAAGAUUUAUAGAGACAUACUAGCUUGAGGUCUUUAUAGUAAUGAUACCAAUCUACAAGUUACACACUAGCUUGAGGUCUUUAGUUAUGAUAUCAAUCUACAAGUUACACACUAGCUUGAGGUCUUUAGUUAUGAUAUCAAUCUACAUGAUACACACUAGCUUGAGGUCUUUAGUUAUGAUAUCAAUCUACAAGUUACACACUAGCUUGAGGUCUUUAGUUAUGAUAUAAAUCUACAAGAUUCACUCUAGCUUGAGGUCUUUAGUUAUGAUAUCAAUCUACAAGAUACACACUAGCUUGAGGUCUUUAGUUUGAUAUCAGUCUACAAGAUACACUCUAGCUUGAGGUCUUUAGUUAUGAUAUCUAUCUACAAGUUACACACUAGCUUGAGGUCUUUAGUUAUGAUAUCUAUCUACAAGAUACACACUAGCUUGAGGUCUUUAGUUGUGAUAUCUAUUUACAAGAUACACUCUAGCUUGAGGUCUUUAGUUAUGAUAUCAGUCUACAAGAUACACUCUAGCUUGAGGUCUUUAGUUAUGAUAUCAAUCUACAAGAUACACUCUAGCUUGAGGUCUUUAGUUAUGAUAUCUAUCUACAAGAUACACUCUAGCUUGAGGUCUUUAGUUAUGAUAUCAAUCUACAAGAUACACACUAGCUUGAGGUCUUUAGUUUGAUAUCAGUCUACAAGAUACACUCUAGCUUGAGGUCUUUAGUUAUGAUAUCUAUCUACAAGUUACACACUAGCUUGAGGUCUUUAGUUAUGAUAUCUAUCUACAAGAUACACACUAGCUUGAGGUCUUUAGUUGUGAUAUCUAUUUACAAGAUACACUCUAGCUUGAGGUCUUUAGUUAUGAUAUCAGUCUACAAGAUACACUCUAGCUUGAGGUCUUUAGUUAUGAUAUCAAUCUACAAGAUACACUCUAGCUUGAGGUCUUUAGUUAUGAUAUCUAUCUACAAGAUACACUCUAGCUUGAGGUCUUUAGUUAUGAUAUCAAUCUACAAGAUACACUCUAGCUUGAGGUCUUUAGUUAUGAUAUCUAUCUACAAGAUACACUCUAGCUUGAUGUCUUUAGUUAUGAUAUCAAUCUACAAGAUACACUCUAGCUUGAAGUCUGAUAAUCUGUCAAAAACCUUUUCCCAAAUGCCAAACAUUAUAAAGAGAGACAACUUGCCUGAUAUGGUUUAUUUUCAAGAGUGGUAUUGACAUAGGAUGCCGAGAUAUGUUAUCGCCUGAUAAAGGUUAGUGUAUGAGCUCUAUAUCAAAAGAAAGGGAUACUAAUAUAUUUGUAAAGUGUUGCAUUAUAAACAGACCACUGAUUUGCAUAUUAAAGAUAUUCUUUUUGGGAUAGAUUGUGUUGUUCAUGUUUAAAAUGUUUUUGACUGUCAAUUGUAACUUUCCUUGCUUACUUGCCAUGCACAGGUUUCUUUUAUUUUUGUUGUAUUCUUUGCAGUCUGUAUGAAAUGAAAACUAACUAUUUGAUUCUAAUGAGACUGUUGUUAGGGUUGUUUUACAUACAGUUAUUCUGACAUGUAUACCAUAUUGAUUUGACCAGUGCUGUGAUGCAUAGUAUACUGAAUGCAACUGGGAUUUUAAUUCUAGGCUUGGAGAUAAUAUCUGUGUUAUAACAGAGUAAGCAAAGUAUUAACCAUUGGUUUGGUUAUAACUUGUAUAUUACAUGUAAAAUUAUAUAUUACAAUACAAUUGCCUUUUUGUAGUUUCUAUUUUGGCAAAUGUUUGAUGAGUGUUAAUCUCCCCCAGCUGAAUCUACUCAGGAACAACAAGCAAACAAUUUCUAGUCAAUUUUUCCAUAUUUUACGGCUCAACUUUUUGAUACAACUCUUUGCGACUCUUAAAAUGAUAACCAUGAUUGUCUAUUUCUACAUGUGAGCAAGAGAGAUUUACUGAGGAUAAUUCAUCUGUUUUCAUACGUUGUACAUACAAUUGUAAAUAUGUAUUCUACAUUAAAUGAUAAUGAAUCUUAACAUUUGCUUAUUUUCGUUUUGACUGACUUAGUUUAGUCAAAAAAGCUUUGUUUUGACUUGAUAGUCUUUAUUUAUGUCAAUCAUGUAUCACAAAAUGUCUGUUUUGAUAUUUGUUGAAAAGAAGUAACUAUGCAUAUCUCAAAUAGUUUGGGGAUAUAUACCUAAUAGUAGUAAAAAAUCAAAAUGGAGAAUGAUUGAAUUUGCAUAGUCUGGAGGUCUAUUAAUGUUAGUCUAUCACAACCAAAUUAAGUAUCUUCCAAAUAAUAAACGCAAUGUUCAGUUCCAUCAUGUUUGCUCCUGCAACUAUUGCUCCUGAUGAAAACAUUAAACCAAACAUGAAUCCAACAUGAAACCUAACAUUAACCGUCUCACAACCCUCACUAUAUAUCUUCAGAGAUAUUAGGAUAGGAGCAAUUGUCACUUGAGUAAAUGUUGCAUCACCAAUGAUAAAGUUUUUAGCAAACUAAUUUGGUAGGAGUGUUUAUCUUAUUGACUGUCCUCUAAGAAAAAUGAUGAGUGAUUACAUAUUCUUGACAAAAUUGUCACAGGUCACAGUGGUCAUUUGAGGGAUUUUGUAAUCAAGAAUUUUUUAAAGUAAUGUUUUUGGUUUAUGAUUGGAUCUUAUCAGUUUUAAUCUCCUUUACAUCCUUCCUAAAAAUAUUUUGUUUUACUGCUUAUGGAGCUCAAUUUAUGAGAAUGUUCUUUCCAUAAUUUGACAUUGUAAAACUCAUAAUGUAUACAAUGUUAAAUCAGAUUUCAGCAGAAUUCAUCUUUAUAUGUAGGUACAUGAGUGUUUGUACCCACUAUCUAGAGGAAGGCGAUUCAUUCAAAUUACCCAUGAAACUUUUGAAAGUGAUGAUGGUCUUACUCACUAGAUUUUACUCAGUAAGACUUUCACAUAGAUUGUGCUAUUUUUAGGUAUAUGAGAUAAUAUUCCUGGCAAAUGAUUUUGCUCAAACUUGUUUCCUUUUGAUUUAUGUUAUUUUAAAGGGGGAUGGGGAGCACUUUUGAUGUUUUUACAAUACUUGGCAAGCAAGCAAUUCACCAUCAACUGAUAUUUUUACCUAUUUAUUUUGUUAUUUUAAUCACAAUUUCACAAUUGUUUCAGAGAAAUAUGAUGGAUGAAUGAUUCUUAUAAAGAUUGAAUUCAUCUUUGGUUUAUGAGCUACAUGACACAAUGACAUUCUAAGGUGUCCGUUUAUGUUCAUUUUUGUUUUAGCUUACAAAAGGAAUAUUUGUUUACUGGAUUUUGAUCAAUUCUUAAAAAAACUAUUUCAAGUCUAUUAGGCUAUCCUUUUAAUGUCUUUUGUCAACAUUUUGAAUCAUACACAUGUGUACACAUUGUAAAAAUUUUCCUUUCUGACAUUUAGACAAUUAUUUUAACAUUAGGUGUAUAGUGAUCAGUUGUUUGGUAUUCUUAUAUUAUUGAUAAGUUCAUGAAUACAAUGUUAUCUGUAUAUAAUGUGAUUUGACUCCUCAUGAUAAUUCUUGCCAAGGGUUACUUAUGUCCAGCUAUAUUUAACUUAAUGUGCAUUAUCAACCUUUAAUAAAACAAAUGGAAAAUAUGAUAGUAUAGGAAACUUUAAAAAUCUUGUCAAUUAGAUCUUACUCGGGUACUCCACUUUCAAAUCAAGUUGAAUCAAGGAAAUAGUAGAAUGAAAUCAAAAUAACACUGCAAAAAUUUUAAAAGAAAAGGAAAUAAGGAAUAUUUCAAUUUUAAUGGAAUGUUUGAAAUCAUGUAGCUUUUCUAAAUGCAAUAGAGAUUACAUAUGAAUAUCUCUAGAAUAUAAAUGUGUGCUUCAGCAUGAUAAGCUCAUCUGAUUUACAAUUCACUGUGUGAACAAAAUGAUUAAAAAAAGAAAUGAAAUUUUGAAAGUUUAUUUUGAAAUAUAAUUGUUUUGUUAACCUCCUCAGGUUUGUCCAUGGGAAAGAUGUGUAUCAGUAUUAGGUUUGUAGUUUAGUGAACCGUUGAAGAAAGAGUUACAAUCGCAACCUUAUUUUGAGCCAAUGAAAUGCAUGUUUAUGGUUUGCGCUUGGUUUUUAAACUUGUGUUUAAAUGUGUGACAGAUUUAUCUUUGGUGUUGCAAUCAAUUUAUUUAUUAUCCAAGUAAAAGAAUAAAGUAGAUUAAAUGAAGGAUCCUGUUGCAUAAACAUUACUAUGAUGGUAACUUUGCCAUUAUACUUAACAGCCAAUCAAAUUCAAGGAUUCUUUAGUAGUUAUCAUUACCUGGGGAAGUUACCAUAAUAGUACCUUUUAUGCAAUAGAACCCAUAUUUUAGACUGUCAUCUUUACUAAUUGUCCCUCUUCUAGUUUAAAAAUAUUACCCUUAAUAAAUAAUGCGUGCUGGCUAGUGUCUAGCCUUUUAACGAGUCCCUGUGACCGAGGUUAUAUUUUGAUGCUGCACAUGGACUGAGAUACAAGACUAGACUAGAUGUGUGAUAGGCUAGAGUUAUUACUCUCUAUCACAUAAUAGGAUGUGUGAACCUUCACCAAAGUUUUGGGAAUAGUCUCCUUUCAGUCACUUGGUAGCUUAUAUAUACAUCACAUCAGACAGAAAUCCUUGUUUAAAGACUAGUUUGACCCCUGACAUGGAGGGUGAGAAACUAAUGAUUUUAACUUUGAUCUUGAAGAAAACAUUUUAAUGAUAUGAUUGUCUUAAUUGUGUGCUUUUUUUAAAUUUGAACAGUGAUUAGUCAGAUGAGUGAAUCAAAUUAAAUGUAUACAUUUGAUACAUGUACUACACACUCAAUAGUAUUUUAUUUUAUCAACAAACAGGCGAAAGGAUGAAUAAUCAUGUUUGCACUUCUGAUUCAUAAAUAAAGUUAAACAAUAAUGGCAAAGUUGAUAAAAUGGAUAAAAAAUGAGAUAUAUACAGCAAAUGAGGUGUUUGUAGUGAUUUGUACACAGAUACGGAUGAAUUAAAUGUUAAUUCCAAAGUUUUUGUGAGUUUUAUUAGGAUAUUUCCAUCACGUAAAAUAGACCAUUUGAUACCAUUAUUAUGAGAAAGAAAAGAGAUUUAUAUUAAAAGUGCCAAAAUA